AUGGCAAAAUGGAAUGAUGAAGAAAAAUUACAAUGUAUUUCAACACAAGCAUCCAUAUCGAUUAAAACAUGGUCAUCAUUUACUGAAGCUGUUAUAAAAGCUUUUGGAUCAACAAAAGUACAAGAAUUAGCAUUCGAACAAUUAAAAUGGUACAAACAAACAGUUAAUCAACCUGUUACACAAUAUUAUGAUAAAAUUAUAGAACUGUGCAAAAAAGUUGAUCCAGCUAUGCUUGAUUCAUUGAAAUUAAAAUAUUUAAUGGCUGGUAUAAGAGAAUCAUUAAAAUUACAUGUUGCUUUACAGGAUCCAAAGACAACUGAUGCAUUUUUAUCGCUCGCCAGAAAAAUUGAAGAUACAUUAUCAUUUACUACUACAGAUAAUGAAAUGCAACAAAAGGAAAUUAACAUCAAUGCUACUACUACUCAAAAAUCAUUAGAACAAACAAUUAUAGUACGUGGCAGAUCAUCACAUUCUGUACACAUUUUCAUCAUGAAUUUUCUACGUUUGUCUGAACAAAUUCCUGAUGAAGCUUCAAGUGCCAAAUACCUACAACAACAUGGAAUAAUACAAGCUCAAAUAUUUUGCAAGAAUAACUACAAGAUAAAAUUGUCCUUGGGUGCUAAAGAUCGAUGGCGAUGCUACUUAAGUGGAUGUCGUUAA